AUGUCAAGAGAGAUUGAUGAAUUAGAUAAGAUUAUUGUUUUGUAGUGAUUCGGUUUCGCGAAUGGCAAGAGACCUGUUAGAUUUGUUCUCCAUGAAAACCUGGAGGUGUUCUUGGUCUCUUGCCGCGACGAUUGCUUCGGUUUUGGCAUUGGCUUCUGUAGUUCAUUUGUUCUUGUUUCCGUUGACGCCGUCUUUAGAUUAUUUUAAGUUAGCUUCAAAUUCAUGUGUUUCGAGUAAUGCAUCGGUGGAGUUGUUUAGCAAGCGUGGUUGGGAUGAACCUGCGAUUGAUUUGAAGAUUCGGUUCCCGGGUGAUUUGCACGGUUCGGUUGCUUAUAAGGGUGCGCCGUGGAAGGAUGAGAUUGGUCGGUGGCUUGCAGGUUGUGAUUCUGUUACAAAGGAAAUCAACGUUUCUGAGAUAAUAGGUGGAAAUGAGUGCAAAAAUGACUGCAGUGGUCUGGGAGUUUGUAAUCAAGAGUUGGGACAAUGUCGAUGCUUUCAUGGUUAUGCUGAGAACAAUGAAGCUCAUCUUGCUUUGGGGACUACCCUGUUUCAUAGCGGAAUGUGCAUACAAGAUAUGAUCAGCUUUGAAGAUGUAUUGAAGGAGUUUACUUCUAAGAAAUGCGGUAAACUUGGGAAAUUGCUUAAGGAAAGUGGUAAUCAUGGGGUUCAGAUGAAACACAAAGAUUCUAGAGCACCGAAGCUAACCGUCAAGCAUGGAAACUAG